AUGCCCAUAAAAUCUUUAAGGCUUUCCUAUGAGCUGUACAAAUCAGCAACUGCGUUCACUCUUAAUCCUGUAAUUAUCCUGCAUGGGUUGCUGGGAUGUAAGCGCAACUGGCGCUCUGUUGCCUGUUCUCUCAACGCUAAGGGUUUUGGGAAAGUAUACUGUGUAGAUGCAAGGAAUCAUGGAUCGAGUCCUUGGUCAACGGAUACUAGCUAUGAGUCGAUGGCUGAGGAUCUUCUCAAUUUUAUUCAUGACUUGAGUGUUACGAAUGUUUCAGUGAUUGGUCACAGUAUGGGCGGAAAAAUUGCCAUGACAGCUGCAUUAAUUGAGCCCACCAUGAUUGAUCGGUUGGUCGUUGUGGACAUCGCUCCUCACCUGUCUCCAAAUAAAGCAAAUACAAAUUUGCUAGUUUCGCUUAUGAGUCACGUCGACUUGGAUGCAAGGAUGGCUGGUUGCAGGAAUAUUUACGACCUCCGAGCUCAGCUAAUGGAAGAAUGGAAGGAUACAGUACCCUCCCUUCAGCAACGCGCUUUCGUGCUAAGUAAUCUCGUCGAGGCUGACGGUAAGGCUGCUUGGAAAGUCAAUGUAAAAGCCAUUCAAAAUGGACUGGACCAGAUUUUCUCUUUUCCUUUUUCUAUGGCUGAUGACUCCGUCUCCUUUGACGGACCUGCUCUUUUUGUUGCUGGUGAGCUAUCACCAUUUCUAGGAUCGGUUUGUACGGAUAUGUGGCGAGUACUGUUUCAGAGUGCAGGCUUGUGUCACGUAGAGGCUAUCGAACCCCAGAAGCAACUCCAGCUAACUUUGGCUGCCGACCUUGCCCAUUAA